GUGUGGGAUUCGUCAGGUAAAAUGUCUACAUCCACAUCUACGACAUCCAAAUUGCAAAUUAACAACAUCCAAGUAGGAGAGCGAGUUUCCAUCCACGAGCCUGAUGGAUAAACGCGCAGAAGCUGAUCGGAGCCGUUGAGAGAGAGUUCGCCUUCUCGCCGGCUGUCCCAUGAACACGUGUUCUAUUUAUAUUUUGAUAUGUUUAGAUGUCACACAUAACUAUCAAUUUUAUGUAUGUAUUUGUGUUGAAGGAGUGACAUUUAUUAUUGAUCGGGCCUAGGAAGUGAAUGUGCAAUUCAUGUCGUUGUCUUGCUGUGCGCCAGCGGAUAUUAGAUUGCUCAGCCUAGGCCUGCAAACCUGACAAAAUGGAGAUAACCAGUUGUUGAUGGAUACGUGAUAUGAUAUAAUGCAUUUAUCUAUUAAACUGGAUUUAUAUACGAAUUAUGCCGAGUUAUUGUGAUGGAAACAUGUGAUAGCUGCAUAUGGUGUCGUAAUAAACACAACCUGUGUGUACAUUGUGAUUUACAGGAGUGUUCAGAGGAUAAUACGAUAUAAAGGGUCCAGGAAGUUAUUGAUACGCUUUGAACUAUGUUUACUUGUGCAGUGCAUGUAAUAACAUUAACAAACCUACAUCGGACACUGGAGGAGACAUAAAUGUAGUUAUAACAAUUCAGAGAGAACUUUUUUAAGAGAGAGCAACAUAAUGAUAGCUUCAACUUAUUUGCGCCUGAUACACAACAAAGAUGGGCUGAACAUCAUACCGUAAUUCGUAUUUUGGAGACAUCAUCAGCUGCUGAUCUUGUGACUUUCUCAUCGGGAACCUACAUACGUGAUAAAACAUCCAUCCAUCCAUCACGGAUUCAUGGUUGUGCAAGGACGGCAGACUGGGACAUGAGUAUUCUGCCCGUAAAAUGCGCGAGUUGAAUUCGCAAAUGCGUAUCUCGUUCCUCUGUUUCUGGCUUUUCCUCAUCCUUAUACAGCUGAAUAUGGUGUGCCUCAACGCAAGGAACUUCACAAUAAGCUUUCUUCCCGCCAUGUAUAAUGGAGCAGGGAAAAAGUACGUUGGUGCUUUUGACUAUGCCAUCGACCAGGCGAAUAAUGGUCAGAUGGUCUCUGAGGGCGAAACCCUCCUCAAGGGCCUAGGCGAGGACUACAUGCUCCAGUAUGCUUGGAACGACACUCAGGUUAACACUAUGCUCGCCUUGAACGCCAUGUGCAUGCAUCAUUACAAGAACGGGGCAAUUGCAUUCAUUGGACCGGAGGAUACUUGCAACUAUGAGGCGAAAUUGGCUGGGGCACUGAAUCUACCGAUGGUCGGAUUCAAAUGCAGUGAUCACAGCCUAUCGGAUAAGACACUGUUCCCAACAUUUGCCAGAACAUUGGUGCCAACAUCCAAGGUCUGGAAGUCAAUUAUAGCCACAAUAAAAUACUUCAAAUGGAAGAAGUUCACACCAAUCAGUUAUGAUGACAGAAAAUGGAAAAUGACUGCAGAUAAGCUCAUAGAACUUUCAAGGAAGGAGAAAUUAGAACCAAACACGUUAGAGAUAUUCACCAGGCCAUACAUGUAUUACUCUGCAAAGGAGUUCGUUUUACUUAACACAACUUAUUCUCGUAAGAAACCUAAUGACAAACAUAACCCAAAUAUUAAAUCCAGUUCGAAAGAGAUAAGGGAUAUCAUUAUGAAAACUAAGGACGAAACUCGAAUCUACGUUUUCCUUGGUGAUAAGCACGAAAUGCUAGAUUUCAUGCGAAUGCUGAGUAAGAUUGUUGAUCCAAAAGACUACGUUGUGAUUACUGUUGAUAUGGGCGACAGCCUCCGAAAAGGACAUUUCUACAAGGACGGCGUUGAAGGUCUCGAUAAUAAACUUUCUCCCGAGAAAAAUACGACCUCCGAAGGCGUUGAAGAAGAGGAGAAGAAACGAAAAGACUUCGAAAUUCUUACAAAAACCACAAAAAUUGCAUUCCGGAUGUCUUUGGUGAUAUCCCCUCGAGAUCCUGGUACAACGAAUACACGGUAUGCACACUUCAUGACUGGGUCGAAGGAUCGGAGUAAGAGUGUGUUCGGUGUGCCUGUCAUACCCGGCCUUAGUGUGCCUUUUGACGAAACUUAUGCAGUAGCCCUUUACGAUGCCGUAUAUAUCUACGUCCGUGCCUUACAUGCAGUGCUCAGGAACAAGAAUGAAUCGGUCACUGAUGGAAGAGCGAUAGUCAAGCGAAUUUUCAAUACAACAUUCGAAAGCAUCAAAGGCCACAGUGUGUUCAUAGACCAGAACGGUGAUGCCGAAGGUAACUUUACUCUACUUGCCAUGAAGGAAGACGCCAACGGUACGUUGGCGCUGAAUCCGGUUGGAAGCUUCAGAAAUCGGAGAUCGCAGUCGUCGGAAACAGCAGACUCGCUGGAACUGAAGCUUAACGAUACCAUAACUUGGCUAGCUGGAGCGGUGCCGCCCGAUGAGCCGCCAUGCGGCUUCGACAACAAGGGAUGUGAUAAGGAAUUCAAUUGGACAGUGGCUACGAUAUGCAUCAUCUCUGCGUGUGUUAUACUGAUAGCAACCGUGUUUGCGUGCAGGCACUACCUUUAUGAGCAGAAACUGGCUAGUCUGACGUGGAAAGUUGACUUCAAGGAGAUUGUGAUACCAGAUUAUAACGAUGAGCCACAGACCAUACAGAGCAAAGCAAAGAAUAAAGUUUGCAAUCAGUACAGUUUUCUCUCGUGGGGACCAAGCGAGGUAUCAGAAGCCAAGCCCUCAAGACAUGUUUACACUAAAAUGGGUUCACACAAGGGAAUUAUCGUGUCGAUUAAACAUCUAAAGAAGAAGCACGUGGAAAUGAACAGAACAAUUAAAAAAGAACUCCAGUCCAUGCUGAAAAUCAAUCAUGAUAAUAUAAACCGGUUCAUUGGCGCUUGUGUAGACCCUGGAAAUAUUUGUAUCAUAUCAGUGUAUUGCCAAAGAGGGAGUGUUUAUGAUAUUCUUCGCAAUGAGAACAACAUUGAUCUCGAUGAGAUGUUCAUCAAGUCCUUAGUUGCUGAUCUCAUUAAGGGCAUGAUAUACAUCCACGAAAGUGAAAUAGUUGAACAUGGCAACUUACGGUCGACAAACUGUCUGGUUGACAGUCGAUGGGUGCUACAGAUCUCAGGGUUUGGUCUUCAUCAUUUCAAGUCGGUGGAUUCCUUCGAGUGUUUCAAUGAGGACGAAUACUACAGUAAACAGUUAUGGCGUGCCCCGGAAUUAUUACACCAGCCGAAGCUGUUUUGGAGAGGGACGCAAAAGGGGGAUGUCUUUUCGUUUGCAAUCAUUCUCCACGAGCUCGUCACGAAAGGUUUCCCCUGGGGCUACUCUGAACUCUCACCCAAAGAAAUCAUUUCAAGGGUAAAAAACCCGGCUGAAGAAAACUACUUCCGUCCAAACACUGCCAAGCUUAUAACUCAUGACUUCAUAUUGAAGUGUAUGGAGGACUGUUGGAGUGAAGACCCCGAUUCCAGGCCAGACUUCAAAUACAUUCGCAUCAAACUGAAGCCAAUGCAGCAGGGACUUCGGUCGAAUAUAUUUGAUAACAUGGUCUCCCUUAUGGAAAAGUAUGCCCAUAAUCUUGAGGAACUCGUUGAUGAGAAAACGCAACUGCUAUCAGAGGAAAAGAAAAAGACCGAGGCCCUUCUCCACAAACUUCUACCAAAGUCAGUUGCUGAACAAUUGAAGAAGAAUUGCCCGGUGGUUCCAGAACAGUAUGAAUGUGUUACUAUAUACUUCAGUGAUAUCGUUGGUUUUACUGCUUUAUCUGCAAAAAGUUCCCCAAUGGAGGUGGUUGAUCUCUUGAACGAUCUCUACACUCUCUUCGACUCCAUCAUUGGUCACUAUGACGUGUACAAAGUAGAGACAAUCGGUGAUGCAUAUAUGGUAGUCAGUGGCCUCCCCAUUCGGAAUGGAGACAACCAUGCAGGGGAGGUCGCAUCCAUGUCAUUACACCUGCUCAAGGCCAUCAAGUCGUUCAAGGUAGGCUGCCGCCUGGAGAAAGUAAAUGCGCGACACCGUCCUGAAGAGACCAUCCAGCUGCGUAUAGGCAUUCACUCAGGGAAGUGCGUAGCUGGCGUAGUAGGUCUAAAGAUGCCCCGAUAUUGCCUAUUCGGGGACACGGUGAAUACGGCAUCAAGGAUGGAAUCGACGGGACUUGCUCUAAAGAUCCAUUGCAGUGGUGAAGCGAAAGCCAUUUUGGACAAGCUCGGUGGUUAUCAUAUCGCGGAACGCGGACUAGUCAAUAUGAAGGGUAUUGGGGAUCGCACAACCUACUUUCUAGUCGGAGAAGACGAAACCCAUAGACUGAGACGGAUAUCGAAAGAUCAUACAAUGAUCAGUAAGAUAGACAUGCCCAUCUGCCUCUCAAACAGUAAUAGCACGGGUAGUAUAUUAGCUCCCUGUGCGUUGGAACUUGACGAUGAUCUUUCAGAAAGUCCAACGUCCGCCCUCUUGGUCAACGGGGGUAUUCCUAAUGAGGGAGUCCACAAGGCUUCUUCAAAUGAGUUUCUUGUCUGAUCAUAUAGGCGAUUUCUAUAAGAUGUGAUCCAAAUUGGCAUUAAUUGUUUGAAGGUACCGUUCAAAGGAUAUAUUCAAUUAUGGUGCUGUGGGGUGGUUGACAUCAACACUAUCAUCAACCCCAUGAUAUCCUGAAGUGGUCAAGGUUAUUUUACGGGUUAAGUCCUGUUCGUCAUGUGAUAAAGUGGACCUCGUUGCAGAGAGUAGUACGGUACAUAUCCUUGAAUAAAAUACUGUUGUACGAAAUGUCUCGGAAGAAAUCAUUUCCUAUCAUACGGAUCGGGUUGGUUGCCACCGCAGUCGAUCAACCAGUGGCAGUGGGAAUCCAUCAUGAUUGCGAUCUGUGUCUGCGACAGCGAUGCGUUAGAGAUGCGAUUCAGUGUUUAUAAUUGACCGCACACUGUCGUAAGCCAGCUGCAGACCAAAUUGUAAUAAUGGUGAAUCCCCACAUACGAAAUGGCGAUCAUCAAAUUUUACAUUCCGUUUAGUGUAAUUACUCGCAUUUACUAUAAGUAUGACCUUGACACAGGUUAGGUAUGUCAUUGUUUGAAAAUAGCUCAUGCUGUUUUAAGUUAUCUUCCGUCAUCUUUCAUCUCUCAUUUUACAUUUCAUUCUAAACAUUUUCUAACUGUGAUUUGUCAGCAAGAUGCUAAUUCAAAAUCUGCUUUAUUGUGAGCUUUACCGACUGGCUGCUGAAAAUGAUGCAUGCGUCCUUUCAAUCACCUCUAAUUCCUGAAACAAUAUGCUUGCAAUUCUUUAGGUUAACUAUCAGUGUGCCAAAUUUGGUGCUUCUAAACGUAUUUGGGCAAUUUUUUCCUUAUAGCCUGAACUGAUACUUUCUGUUAAGUGUUAUCACAAUGAUACUUCCUUCAUUUAGCUAACAAUCUAGCUUCUUAUUUACCCUCCUUACCCAUCCCAUGGUGUUUUUAGAUCAGAUUGUUCCAUGUAAAUGAAACAGGUUAUCAGUUAAUAGGCACGCGACAGUAUUUGUUUAUUUUAGAUAAAUGAUUGUAUUUCAAUCUGUUAAUUAAAUAUUUUAAAUUGAUUUUGUCAUUCUCGUAAUGGUUAUUCGUGAUCUGUUGCUGCCACAUCCGAUGUAAAUGGUUCAUAAUGUAGGUUGGUUGGUUGAACGUAGAUGACAUUGUAUAGUCUUUUCCGCAAGGAUGCUUGCAUUAACAAUGCCUGGUUCGGAAUCACAUACAUGCAAUCCUACAUGUAGUAUGUUUUCCUUCCCCUGGAUUCCUCACCCAACUUCUACCCAGAGGCAUGACUGAAAUAGCUGAAAUAUAAGCCAUUGAUGGAUGUUCUUCUUUAUGGGAGGAUAAUGCUUAUCGCUUAACGAGAAUAUAGGAAUUCAGAUAUACCCUCGGAUUAGCCGUUUUACCGAGAAAUCUACUACGUCAUACAAGAAAAUAUUUUGCCGUCUUAAAUGUGAUUGUUAUUUGUGGACAUAUCGUGAGUCAAGUUUUUUUUAAAUGUACCUUGCUCAGAAAUUUUCAAUACAAAAGACAAAAUAUAUGAAUGUAUGAAUUCGCUUCAGAAUUAUUUCUGUGAUGAAACUGUAACGACUCCUAGUUGGCUUGUAUGGCCACUUUAGGCCUCUGAAUAAACCACAAUAUUAGUGACGGGUAUAGAAAUAAUUAAUACACCUACCUGUACAUGUACUUUGAAAACAAAUGAAACAUAGAGCUCCCUAUAGACUUGUUAGUUGAUAGAAAUAAAGACUAGUAAAUGAUUUUACCAGAGUUAUGUAUAUAACAGUCCAGUGUAAAGGUACCUGAAGUUUUCAGUAAAAGCAUUUACUAGUCUUUUUUCAUAUUACCGACCUAUAUAUCAUGCCCCUCUAGAAACAUGCAAUCACCUGCCUAAGUAAUUAUAUUGAAAUGAAUCGAGUGUAGUGUUAGUCGUGUUGGUGUUAAACUCGGCAGAGCCGUGGCGCAUUUUCUGCGUGCCAAUUAACUGGGUCCUAUCAAUAAAAUGUACAGCCAUUUUCAUUUUCUAUAUCAACAGUACAUAAUUAUCCAUCAUUUCAAUUAAAGGUAAACUCAUUUUUAUUUUCUAUGUCAACAGUACAUAUUAUGUAUCAAUUGUUUCCAUUUCAACGUGUUUUACAUAUGAUAUUUAUCAUCCACUAAAGUAUUAUUAGCAUGUGUACAUAAGAAAAGUGCCUUUGCUGAGCAAGGGGUCUAUAUGAGACAAUCGCUUAAUAACUGGUGAUUUAAAUAACUUGUAUAUACAUUGUAUUUCAAGAGACAAAUAAAAAUAUUUCUGUGAA